UGAUAAAUAUUUAUUAAUAAGUUGACGGCUGAUGGCGCUGUGGAACUAUGCUAGCAUUAGUACGGGGAGAGAAGAAGCAGCCGCACUGUGAACGUGUGGUACCAUAACAACGUGGUUUUAUUCAACUAGCCGGUGCAUAUGUUCGGACUUCUGCUCACUGACAUUAUUUACAAUGACAGCCUCUGAGGCAAAGCAGCAGCAUUCCUCCCUCUAUUUAGAAGUUUGCUCCCAAAAUGAGGAACCUCGUCUUCCCCUGCACACCUCCAUUGUCCUGUUCCUCUUUUCCUACUGCGAGUGCAAGACUUUCAAAGUUUUCCUGGUAUCAAACAAGCCCACCAGCUCGGAGCCACUGAGGAGUCAGCUGCCAGUGUCUCUGGAUGCGUCUGACAUCCAGCUGGAGGCUCUGCCCCAGCUGGUGAAGGGCUGCCGUCUCCCUGCUGUUCUGGAUGAAACUGGAAGUCUCUGCAGGGCAGGACUCGCAGUGGUUCUUAGACAUAUCAUCAACAAAACCAUCGAGGCCGACCCUUCCAGAAAUGAUGUAUUGGCACUGCUGGGCUUCAAGAAGACGUGUCUGAAGGCCUGUGCUGAGGUGAGUAAGUGGACCAGACUGUGCGAAAUUGGCAUCCCGUCUGCUGUUGAGGAGCAUCUCCGAAAUCCCACCGAUCAAUACCAGCAGCUGCCUCUCUCCAUCCUCACCCUUGAAAGAAGGCUAGCGGAGCCUGUCAAAGUCCACAAUGACGACAAGAUACGCAGACAGAAACUCCAGGAGCAGAGACAGAAUGAAAAGAAUGAGCCCCCUGAAAGCCAAGGGAACCUGGACUCUGAGUCCAAGCCUGGACAGGUCUGUGAUGGACUUGAGCUCAGAGCGGCUUUGGCCAAACUGUCUGUGGAUUCAGUUCCAGCUUUAACCACCAGAGAGAACUCUGAGAUCAGGAAAGUGAAGACAACAGAUUUGCCUCCACUGGAGCAUGUGUUUGCUGAGGGACUGUACUUCACUCUGACGGAUGUGGUGCUCCUGCCCUGCAUUUAUCAGUAUCUGUGUUCCCUCCGAACCCAUGCUGCGAGCACACUACAUCAUCUCCCCCACCUCCUGCGUUGGUACAGCCGUGUUCAGGAGGUACCCGGGGUGCUUCGGGCAGCCAAGGCUUGUGGGAUACUCCUCUCUGACACCCGAGUUCCCACAUCCGGCCUCCCAGAGCCGUCUGCAGAGGACAACCCAGCAACCCUACUGUUACAAGAGGAAGGCCAGGAGGUGACCACACAGCUUCCUUUUGUCGGCGGACCCAGGCCUACAAUCACUAAACUCAAAGAAAACGGCAUCGAGUCCGUCUUCGCUCCUCAUCCCUGCCCUUCCUGGACCCUCCCAUGGGACAGCUUACCAGGAGCUAUCAACCCCACUGAAGGGAAAAUGUCAAAUAUCCGUGCCGUCAGGAAGAUGCAACAGCUGAAUAACUUGGUUGCCAUGGUUGCAGAGCUAGCCAGGCCAGGAUACACCAUUGUGGAUUUCUGCAGUGGAACGGGCCACGUAGGGAUCGUUCUGGCUCACACACUUCCAGAUUGCCAGGUCAUCCUCAUAGAGAACAAAGAAGAGUCCUUAGUGAGGGCUCAGAGUCGCAGCACUCAGCUCGGUCUGAAAAACAUUGGCUUCAUUCAGGCUAAUUUGGAUUACUUCACUGGACCGUUUCAGAUUGGGGUUGCCCUCCACGCAUGUGGCGUUGCAACAGAUAUGGUGAUGGAGCACUGUAUCCAGGCAGGAGCUGCCUUUGUCAUUAGUCCUUGUUGCUACGGCUUCAUCCAGAACGCCGUCAAGUUCAAGUUUCCCAAGAGCAAACAGUUCGAAGAGACUCUGACAUACAAGGAACACAUGAUCCUGUGUCGCUUCGCAGACCAAACUGCCAUCCAGCUCCCCCCUGAGAGGCGACUCAUUGGUAAACAAUGUAUGGGCUUGGUGGACUUGGAUCGGUCGUGGGCAGCAGAGACUCAUGGGUACUCGGUGCGGGUAAUGACUAUGGAGCCUGAAAGCUGCUCACCAAAGAACAACAUGCUGGUGGGAAGGCCGCCGCAGAAGAGCGGACAUGAAGUCAUCGCUCGCGAAGUGGAAGCACCGGUGCAUAAUUAGGACUUCAAGCGCUGGUGUACAGCGGAGCAUCUUCGUCCUGGUCAGGGUUUGAUAAAGCGCCCAGCCUGCAUGGCUCCUGGCUGUACUUUGGCUAUUUUUCAUCCACCCUCAACAUUUUCCUUUUAUUUAUUUUUUACAAGCCCAAUUGUGUAGCCUCAGGAAAUGUAAAAAAUGUUUAUUAUUUCUGGACUGGAAAAAGUCAUCUUUUAAAAACUUAGUUUGAGGCUAAAAUUGAAAGCAGCGGUGGCAUGAGUUUUGGAUAAACAUGUGGACGUGCAGUCUCUGAGAGCUGCACCCUCCUUCAAUAAAUGCCCUCGAUUAUUGGGUGCUUUGUUAGAGCACAAGAGCUCGAGCCUCUCACCGACUGUUUGUGUCUGCCUUAAACUGUGCAAUCAAGCUGUCAGUGCAUACAGAAGCAGCGGGCAGUACACACCCGCAUCGUGAGUUAAACACACCAUACAUUCACAUGCUGUUUUUGCAGAUAGUCUGUAUACAGCCUUUUGUGAUGACACUCAGAAGUCAUCUUCCUUAAUUAGCAGAAAACUGAGAAAUUCAGCUAAGAACUCAUCUCCACUUAAAGGUGAGAUGAGGAAUAACUUCUAUCUCAUCUCACAUACCUCUCUUCUAUUUUUGGGAGACACUGAGAAGGAGAGGAGGAUAUAGAGACGGGAAAAUUGGAUUUAGACUCAAAUCACAACAGGUAAAAUAUAGCAUUUGUCAUGGUUCUGCGGCGAGCGUGAUAAUUCUUCAUAAAGGGGCAGUGUGAAUAUGGUAUGCAUCCCGUAAUACAUUCAACACCAAUGAAUAUUUUAUGAUGCAGGAGAAAAGGUCAGUGUGUUUGAUUAGACGCGCGGCGUUCACAGGCUUGUAGCUGAAAAUCACACAAUACGCUCCAUAUUUCCAGCCCUGCGCUCCGUAGACACACUGUAGCCCCUUAAGCUUUCAUUGUGGCAGGUGAAACUGGUCAUCUGUUUCUCUGGAAAAUCCCACCUUGUCAUCUCUGACAGAAUAUUGCAGCUGCUUGAAAAAUCCGAGGAGGUAGGAGAGGGAGAUCCAGUUCGUCUGCUCACGCUGAAGGGAUAGACAAGAGAGACGCAGGCUUUUCCAGUGUAAUGCUCAUCUAAAUUCAGUCAGCAGAGUCAAUCUAUCCCGAGGUGAAUGUCCACAGACACAGCUCCUUCCAAAGGCUGGAAUUAUUUCAAAAGGAGCCGUCUGACUCCCUGUUCAUGCUUGUGGCUUUGCACAAGUGCACAUUACAGAAAUACAUAUGGGUACAAAGGAGGAGAGAGCGAGUAGGUGGUGCUACUUAAAGCUGGCAUGAGAGAGAAAAGAAUAUUGUGUGAAGUGGGUUGAUUCAAUCCGAACACCCGAGGCUGGAAGGUGACUCGGCCAGUUUCUUUGUUCAGGCGUAGUAGGUGAGGUAUGCCAGGUUGUUUGUUUCUAAAUGCCUUUCUUUGCUAAUGAUUCACCUCACAAAGCAUUUCUAUUAGCACAUUAUAGAGUCAGGACUGAGCUGAAUGCUUUUUUAAUUGUGUAUUAGGUGUUUGGCCUUAAUAUAUACACAACUGUUCAAAAGUUUGGGGUCACUUAGAAAUGUCCUUAGUUUUGAAAGAAAAGAAAAGCAGUUUUUUUCAAUGAAGACAACAUUAAAUUAAUCAGAAAUACAGUCUAGACAUUGUUAAUGUGGUAAAUGACUAUUCUAGCUGGAAACAGCUGAUUUUUAAUGAAAUAUCUCCAUAGGGGUACAGAGGAACAUUUCCAGCAACCAUCACUCCUGUGUUCUAAUGCUACAUUGUGUUAGCUAAUGGUGUUGAAAGGCUCAUUGAUGAUUAGAAAACCCUUGUACAAUUAUGUUAGCACAUGAAUAAAAGUGUGAGUUUUCAUGGAAAACAUGAAAUUGACCCCAAAGUUCUGAACUGUAGUGUAGAAUAAAAUCUCUUUUAAUGUAUGGAGUAGUUUGGUGUGUUAACAUUCAGUGAAAAGUGACCAUUUUUUAGAUGCAGGUUAAUUAUGGCCACAGUUUGAACUUCUUUUCAGGGAUGAACUUUCAUUUUUAUCCCCAUUUUAAAGCUUCACUGAACAUUUUCAUAGCCACAAAUGAACCGAGAAUAUCGCCCAUCUCUAAAAGUCUUUUAGCUCAUUGUUUUGGUUUUCCAACAAAACCAGCUUUAAUCUGCAUCAAUUUGGACCACAGAAGGCACACGUUUUUCUUGGACAAGCUCUUACGAAUCCACUGUACCCUAUGCAAAUAGACAAAGUUAGCAACUAGCUGGUGUACAUACUCAAGCAUUUUGUAGCUAAAGAGCCAGAUGUUUUAAAUGGGAGUUGGUGGACACUAAAUGGAAAGUAAAUCUUGAAGAUGAAGAUAACAUUAGAUGAAUCAGAAAUCCAGUCUAGACAUUGUUAAUGUGGUAAAUGACUAUUCUAGCUGGAAACGGCAGCUUUUUUUUGCCUUUUGUCGGCUUUAUUUGGCAGAUUAGUAGAGAGGCAGACAGGAAAGUAGGGAGAGGAAUGGGGGGAAGACCUACAGCAAAGGGCCAUGAGCUUGAAUCAAACCCUGGCUGCUGUGUCAGGGACUAUAGCCCCUGUUUAUGGAGUACAGGCUCAAGCUGUUGAGCUACCUGUGUGCCCUAAACAGCUGUUUCUUAAUGGAAUAUCUCCAUAGAGGUACAGAGGAACAUUUCCAGCAACCAUCACUCCUGUGUUCUAAUGCUACAUUGUGUUAGCUAAUGGUGUUGAAAGGCUAAUUGAUGAUUAGAAAACCCUUGUGUAGUUAUGUUAGCACAUGAAUAAAAGUGUGAGUUUUCAUGGAAAACAUGAAAUUGUCUGGGUGACCCCAAACUUUUGAACAGUGGUGUAAGUUGAAAAAAAAGUUCUUUUUUUCUAGUUUCUCAGAUGAAAAAGUAUCCAAUGACUAAACAUAAACUAUAUGCAUCGGUGCAUCGGUGUAAUAGUUAAUCGUAUAAUCUUUUCUGCUGGGCUCACUGAGCACUGAUUUUCUCUUUUCACCAUUUGUGGAGGUUUUUAAAUUCAGCUCUGAACAAUUUAGUUGCAACAUAAAACCUUACAUUCACUGUUUUAUUGACUUUAGUUAUUACUUCUGAUUAAAAUUCUGCUCAUUUUUGUCUUUUUGCCAGACGAUUUACAUCUCAUUAUGCCACAAUUUUUGACUGCAGCGGUUUUUUUGGCUCCAUAUCUGGGACCCCUGACAAUGGCAGUAUUUAUGUUUCCUGGGUUACAGCAGUCACUGAUACAAAACACAAGCCCAUGUGAAAUGGACCUUUAUGCUGCCUUCAAUUAUCUUUAAUAUUACGCCUGCCUUUUUAUAUUUAACUUGCAUUUUACAAGCAAUAUAAUGUGCUUCAUUUGGCUUGCAUAAUUUUCUAAUAAACAUAAUUUUCUGAUAAAUGA